GUCUCCGGUUCUCUAGAACGUUUUGGAUAUUUGCCCCUUCCCUUGCAGUUACCGUAUUUCACAUCUAAAGAGGGGAAUGAUGGAACAACAUGUCUGAAAUCAGAAAUAGCCUGGAAAAGCAGUCACUGCAUUUAUGAGCACUAAUAUGACUUAUGCCCACGGGACUUAGAAAAAGGAAGCAAGAGUUUCUAGACUGCUAGAAUUCAGAGUUUGUUACAGGAAGAGCUAAAGAAAAGUCUCAUUAGAAAUCUCUUGCCAGCACUGCUGAUCCCCCCUCCAGGAAUGACCCCUGAGUCCUCCCCAGACUUACCCAUCAUCAGGUUGGUGGAUGGGAGGAGCCGCUGUGAAGGGCACACUGAGGUAGAACACAACGGCACGUGGGCGCUGUGUGACCCCUUUGGGUCACACCGCUGGGUGUGCCGGCGGCUGGACUGUGGGGAGGGCAUCAGCGCCCUGGGGAAUGGCCACGCAGGGGAGGGCGUGGGGAGCAUCCUCCCGGGCAAUGUGCAGUGCCCGAGCAAUGCGACCACGCUAGGCCAGCGCCGGCAGCUGGGCCUGCCCUUCCACAACUGUGGCCACCGUGAGGACGCCGGGGUCACUUGCUCAGGUACCCGCUCUUGGCCUUCUCCUGAAGCUGCCGGCGCCGUGAACGAAGCAAAACGAAUGGAAGGAGGCUUGGGUCCCAUUGAUUCCAGGAGGCUUCUGGGUCAUCCUUAGCCUCUCUCAAUGUGCUGAGCUACACAGUGCUUAAACCAAUACCCACGAGUUCACUUGGAAGCCCUCAGUCUCCGCCAUCUUCAAGGAAUUAUUUAUCAGACUCCUUCUAUUACUGGAGUGACUGCACUCCCUAGUCUCUGUCUUAAUGAUCCGCUUGGAGCUUUAAAUAUGACUUCAUAGUGCAGCCUUUGGGAAUUCCAUGAACAAAAUCCAGCUCCUCUCUUGCACACUUUGGUGAAAGCUUGCAAUUUCCUUUUGGCUUCAUGGUUUGAGAUAGUUUCCUUUUUUUUCUUUUUUUAGUUCAGCCCACUUACUUAUCCAAGGCUGCUGAAAAAGUAGAAUAGAAAAGGAAAUCAGAUGAAAUGAAAAUAUUCAUUGCCCAGCUCAUCUUAAUUUUAUAGAGCUAAGAUUAGAAUAAAGUUUAGUUAAUUCAUCUAUUUUUGUUAUCAGAUGCUUACUGAGCAUUUAAUAUGGGCCAGGAGCAAUUCUAGGUGAAGAUACAGUCCCUUGCACAACAGACAACACUCAUGCCCUCGUGGGGCACGUUCCAGCCACAGGGCUCAGGGUUGCUUAUGCGUUUCAGCCACAAUACAUCAUUAACAAAAGUAAAUUUACAUCAAAUCAGGGGUCACAAUAUGCUGGAUUAUGUUAAGAAACCACUUUGCUUUAAUGUUAAGACAACUUGGUGCUGUGUUAUAAGCUAGUUUGGUGAAAAUGAGAAAUCAAUGUUAGAAACCUAAAGUCAGAAUCAAGGAAGUUUCUGGGACUUCAAAACUCUAGAAGACUUUUCCUCUUCACUGCAUCCAUGAAACUGCUUUUCUGACCCAUCCUGGGAGGUAAUACUUCUCCCACAGUCCAUGAGCAUUUCUCACCUCUUGCCGCAUGCAUCCCUAGCUCUAUUUCCAUCUCAUUCAAAAAAACUUUUCUUAUUUUUAAUUUCACACUUCCUA